AUGCUGCGCCCAACCGGCUUCACCUCGGACCGCCUCGUCUACCGCGCACCGACCUUCCCCGAGGACGAGGCCGUCUUUGCCGAGUUCUUGCGCGAUCCGACUGUGCUGCUCGGUGCCAUCCCUCAAACGUGCAAGCCGCUCAACAAGAAGGAGCUCGACGACUUCAAGAAGGCGAGCGAGGGCCCUUCGCCCGGUCUCGCAGUCCUCGCGUGCCUGCCCCUGUCGGCAGAGGAGCCGACACGAGCAGGAGAGCCCGUCGGCUGGCUCUGCCUCGCGCACGUUGGCGAUUUCGGCGGCGUCCACCGCAACGCCAGCUUCGGCCUCUUCUUCAGCGCCAAGCACAGCGGCAAAGGGUACGCGACCGAGGCGGUCGGCUGGCUCCUCGAGAUGGCGUUCGUCAGCUAUGGCCUGCACCGCUUGGAAUGCCAGGUCUUCGAGUGGAACUUUGCGGCUCGACGAGUGUACGAGAAGCACGGCUUCGUCGUCGAGGGGCGACGCAGGCAGGUGCUCUGGCAGGAAGGUGCCUGGCAGGACGACAUCAUGCUCUCGCUCCUCGCCGACGAGUACCGCGCUCAGCACCCGGACAAGUUCAAUCGGCGCCUGAGUCGCAAGUAGCGUCGAGAGGAAGCUCUGCAACGACGACCUCGCAUUCCUGUGUUCCGUCCUC